AGUUUGCAAAUACUGAAUUUUCCUAGUGCCGAUGAGAGAAUACUGUUGUGGUCUGUACUCCCUGGGCCAAAAAAACCAAAAUCUCUCUCAACGUACCUUGGUUCACUGGUAGACGAACUCCUGCAGUUGGAAGAAGGAGUAGAAUGUUACCAUUCUGACACCAGGGAACGAUUUAAGCCGAAAGCGAGGUGCGUGUGCGAUAUUCUAGACUACAAAUGGCAACCGAUGUUCCUGAAUACCCUUGGUCAAAAUGCAUUCCAAGGGUGCAAAAAGUGUAAACAACCCGGAGCAUACCUCCCCAUUUUAGUAAAAGUGGUCUACACAGAUUCGAAGAGAUUUCUACUCAUCAAUCAUCCCCUACGCUCGGAGAGUAGGCCCUUUUUUCCCCAUGGAGGGGAGGAAAUCCGUCUAACACCGAAGACGGUAGUGCCAGCAACACCAGUAUGGUGUUGCUUAUGAAAGGGCAAAGGCUAAUGGCGCCAGCAACACUGCGUUACGAGGCAAGGCGAAAUCAACUGGUUUGAAAAAUUUUCCGGCCUUUGACAGGCUCUCAUACUUUGACGCAAUCUCCGAUAUAGUGACAGAGGCGAUGCACAUGAUUGCACGAAUAGGGCUCCUUUUGGUGCAGCUGUUGACGGGUGUCGUCCCCAUGGAUAAUUGGAAGGUUCGCAUCCAAGAAGAGGACUUUGGUUGGUUCGGGGAGGAAUGCUAGUUGCAGGAAGACAACAAAAACAGCUUACCUGAAGCCCCUUGGUCGCUCAGCAGAUGCUUGUACUGCCAAUACAAGGAGGGGUCAAUUACUGGCACCUGUGGGUAUCGGAUUUCGAAACGUGAAAAUGUUUACUUCACAGACCAAUUUGGUUUCCCAUGAUUGGUUCCAGGUAAAUAGUUGCCUUGCCUCCCAUGCAGGCGUUUGUGAAAUGAAAUGUUGAAAUGUUGUGAAAUGAAACGAAAAAUACAAAACAUGAACAACAUUUCAAAGGACACUGGCCACUAACACACUGCUUGCAAGCCAGAGUAAAUAAUUCAAGAAUCAUUUAGGAACAUGAAAGGUUCCGGAGGUUUCAAAACUUACAGGUUUGAGAAAUCAUUGUUUCAAACAGCAAAAGGGAAAUCAGCUCGUCAUCACUGAGAAAAACAACGAGCAUAACCAGAAAUCGACCAAAAUAGUGCUCAAGAUGGUUUCAAAAUCCUUAAACACUGAAGGUACUGGCCUGAAGCCAAUUUAACGUUACUUGAGUGAUGGUUAAAAGAUCUUUAUGCCAUACCUUCCAUUGGAGUGGACGUAUUUGUCGAAAGCCUGCAAGUUAAAUUGAAACCUCAUUUUUAGUUGACUUUUUUUCGAGCGAAUGCAAAAUCUUGUGCCUUUGAAAAAAAUAAAGCGACGGGGCAGACGUCCUGCAUUCAUUCCUUGCACUGUGAGGAGGUUAAAUCGGUUUUAACGAAGAUGACUAUAAUAGUAUUAGUUUAUUUAAACAUAAGCUUACUUCUAGUUUACAGAGAAGAAUAUAAUAUAUGCUUCUGGCUUACAUUAUUUAUCAAAAUAUUCAGUCAUAGAGA